UUGUAGUAUUAUUAGACAGUGUCCAAAGAAGGGCCAGGAAGAUGGUGAAGGGUCUGGAGGGAAAGUCAUGUGAGGAGCAGCUGAGGUCACUUAGGCUGGCCUAGAGAAGAGACUGAGGGGAGACCUCAUUGUGAUUUACAGCUUCAUUGUGAGUGGACAAGGUGGGGCAGGCACUGAUCUCUCCUCUGUGGUGACCAGUGACAGGACCCGAGGGAAUGGCAUGAAGCUGCAUCAGGGGAGUUUUAGGCUGCGUAUUAGGAAAAGGUGCCUCACCCAGAGGGUGUUUGGGCACUGGAAUAGCUCCCCAGGGAAGUGGGCGUCACAGCACCAAGCCUGACAGAGUUCAAGAAUCAUUUGGAAAAUGACUCUUAGGGUGUCCUGUGCAGGGCCAGGAGUUGGAAUCAAUGAUCCUUGUGGGUCCCUUCGAACUCAGGAUUCUCUGUGAUUCUAUGAAGUCUUAGCCUUUGCUUGCCCCAGCUCACGUCCUCCCGGGCCAGAGGUGCAGCGAGGCAGGCAGCAUCUCCCCGGCGUCCAGUGUGGAGAUGAGCGUCGAAAAAUGCCAAAUCGAUCACCACCAACUGGAAGAGGUGUGAAGAGACUUUCAGCAUCUCCCGGCUGCCAGGAAAAGAGGACUGGAGCUCCUCCAAAAUGACAACUGCCGUGGCUGACCAAGUGCCUUUUAAGAUAACACACUCCCACCUAGUGGCUCUCUUAGAGUCAGGAAAAUGCAUCGUCUCCGGCAAAUACAGAAGUUAACUGUGGAACUCGCAUUUAAAGAACGACUGUUGCAGAUAUGCAUGAGGAGAAUAAAGCUGCAGCAAAUGGAUGCGGCAAGAUCCGAAGUGGUGCUCAGAAUGGGGCAGCUUUACUUGCCCUAAUGGAGAAGACUGGAUACAGCAUGGUUCAGCAAAAUGGGCAAAGAAAAUUUGGUGGUCCUCCACCAGGUUGGGAAGGUCCUCCACCACCUCGUGGCUGUGAAGUUUUUGUGGGUAAGAUUCCUCGUGAUAUGUAUGAAGAUGAACUAGUGCCUGUUUUCGAGAGAGCCGGGAAGAUCUAUGAGCUCAGACUGAUGAUGGAAUUCAGUGGUGAGAACCGAGGCUAUGCUUUUGUCAUGUACACCACUAAAGAGGAAGCCCAGCUGGCCAUCAAGAUUCUUAAUAAUUAUGAAAUUCGUCCAGGGAAGUUUAUUGGUGUCUGCGUAAGCUUGGACAACUGCAGACUAUUUAUUGGAGCAAUUCCUAAAGAUAAGAAGAAAGAAGAAAUACUGAAUGAAAUGAAAAAAGUUACAGAAGGAGUGGUGGAUGUCAUUGUUUAUCCAAAUGCCACCGACAAAACUAAAAAUCGUGGCUUUGCCUUUGUAGAAUAUGAAUCUCACAGAGCAGCUGCAAUGGCUAGAAGACGACUAAUCCCAGGAACAUUCCAGCCCUGGGGUCAUACUAUUCAAGUAGACUGGGCAGAUCCUGAGAAAGUAGUUGAUGAAGAAACUAUGCAGAGAGUCAAAGUAUUGUAUGUGAGAAAUUUAAUGAUAUCUACUACAGAGGACAAAAUCAAAGCUGAAUUCAACAAAUUCAAGCCAGGAGUAGUUGAACGUGUGAAGAAGUUGAGGGACUAUGCUUUUGUUCAUUUUUUCCACCGUGAAGAUGCAGUUGCUGCUAUGUCUAUUAUGAAUGGAAAGUGCAUUGAUGGAGCCAGCAUUGAGGUAACACUGGCAAAGCCAGUUAACAAAGAAAGUUCUUGGAAGCAACAUUUUAAUGGUCAGAUAAGUCCCAGUUCUGAAAACCUCUUAGGGUUUCCUAACAAAGAAGAUGGUACUCAAAAAUCCUUGGGGAAACCAGCAAGUCUUUCAGUUCGUCUGAAUGGUCAGCACAGUCCAAGCCCUCCUGAAGUUGAAAGAAGUACAUAUCCCAUUUUUCCAGGAAUAAAGCUUACUCCAAUUAGCAUGUAUUCUUUAAAGCUGAGUCACUUCAGUUCUGCAGUAAUGCAUCUGGAUUAUUUUUGCCAUAAAAAUAGCUGGGCACCACCAGAAUAUUGCUUGUAUUCAACCACAAGUCAGGAUGGGAAAGUACUCUUGGUGUACAAGGUGCUUAUUUCUAGUAUUGCAGAUGAUUCCCAGAGUUAUUUCAUGCCAGAGAAACUCUGUACAACAGUAGAAGAUGCAAAGGAAUUGGCAGCACAGUUCACACUUUUACAUCUAGCCCCCGAGCAAGCAUAUAUAACGUUGCUGUCCCUGAAUGCAGCAUGGUGGGAUAGUAAAGCCAACUGUACACCCUACUUGGUUUGAAUAUCCCUGAAGAAGAGGAGUUUGGAAUUUAUUGCUUUGGAUCUUGUAAUGAAAAGAAAAAGAACACCCCACUGAUACAUAAUUACUGGAAAUUCACAUUCCAUGUUUAUUGAUGAAUAAUUCUUCAAAGCGUGUGUAUUAAGCAUUUCAAUUUAAAGAUUAGUGAAAUUGAAUGUUAAAUUGUUUUGGUUAGUUUGAUUAAAUUUGGGUUUUGAAAUAUAAUUUGUUUAAAAGAUUUUUAUUACCUGUAAUAGCCUAUACAGCAGUAAUUUAUAUUUAGUGUUGAAACAAUUUGCCACAAUUCCUAUUCUUGUAUAUUCACAGAGAAUUUUUUCAGCUUCUAUUGUAUGUAAUAAAUCUUAAACAAAUGUUAAAAAAUCCCACCAACAAAACAAUGAACACCAUUCUAGCAAUCAUAAACAUGUAUAAUAUGAGACUUAAAUACCAUCUGCAAGUUUGCUUCCGUUAACUUGAUGCAAAAUUUUAUAGGAAGAACAUAUCCAAUAAAAUCUUUGCUUCUGAUCUAGCAGUACAUGAGUGGAAGAAUGGUACAUUGAAGGACUUUACAUGAAUGUACCAUCAGGCUACAUUGUUGUAGUCAUAACACUGAGGUUCAAUACCUUAGUUAAUUCUUGGAGACAAAAACAGGCAAAAAAAAAAUCUUGACAGAUACAGAUUACAUGUGCUUUUAUGUACAGCUCACUAGGUUGUGUUUCCUGUUGUUAGCACCUCCCUGUUGGGACAAAUGUGUGCUUUCAUAUUCAUAAAGGCCUUACUUUUAUCCAGGCUGUCCCUUGAAACCAGCACCUGUGCUUGCCUGUGGUAGCCAUGUGGAACAGCAGCUUGCUCACUUUCUAAUCAGGCCGUGUUCUUCUUAAAAAACAUUGUUUAGCAUUAAACUGAAAAUAGUUUUUGAUUUUUAAAAUCAGAUAUAUGUAAUUCAUUUUGAGUGAGCCAUCUUUAUUUUUAUUGUGACUCUUUGGCAUUUCUCAGUCAAGUGCUUUAUUUAUUGAAUGACAAAAUAAACCAACCUUUUUUUAACCUUCUUAACAAUCUGAAACUAAUACUGUAGACCAUUCUUAUUUUUGGAAUUUUAUACAUAGUUUCAGUUCAUUGACAAGGAAUGGACCAGGUGGUUAAAAUGUCUAAGGGCCUCACCUAUGCAAGUAUUGUUUGUAAGCUGUUGUAUCUGAAAAUUGUUUGUCAGAAAGGAAUAUUAUGUAGACAGAAAACAAUGCAAUGGAAAGAUUUCAAGUUGAAUAAUUUUUCUUAAAAGCAAUCAACUGUUGUGGUCCACUGUGUAUUUUGGUUCAGUGUAUUUCAUCACCAUAUUAAAUUGUCCUUUUUGCUGUUAAUUUAGGUGCAGUUACAGCAGUUUCAUUUUAUUUGCAUUUGAUAUUAGCUACAUAAUAAUUCUUUUUCAUGUUACAAUUUCUAAUGUUGAAAUAAUGUGUUGGACUUCUGUACGCGAAUUAACAUUUAUAUUAAAUUUAUGCUGUUCAUACUUGGUGUGUGUAAAAGAAAAAUAAAUUAUUAUUUUA